UAGAAAGUUACCAAGCUGGGAAAGUCUCCCCUCCCGGCCGCUGUGUUGGGGUGGGAAGCAGACACUGUUCUGGGCCGGUGACCCGGCAAAACUCCACCAGCCACUGAAGGACUGUAGUGCGGUUCUGAUUAACUGCGGCGGCACCUCCAGGUCUUGGCCGGGUGUCCGGCUGACAUGUUUGAUGAACUCACGGAACUUAACACUUCGUUGGAAAGCGAGAACCGCACCGCUUUUAUUGCAAAAGGAACUUUACCCAGACCCGGUUUGCUGGGGAGAGAGGAAUAAAUUAAGAAAACUACAAAUUACCAACCACCGUGCACAGAAGCAGCAAAAAGAUGCAGUCCAAACACUGGUCUCUUGCAUUUUACCUUCUGUUCAUCCUGUGCAAUGUCCUCUUGGUCAUUGAUGUUAAUGCAAUGAUGAGAAAUGUUUCUACCACUACUGAUUCUAAUGGCAACAUCAGCACUUCACAUGAAAGUCUUAAAGCUACUACUAAUAAUAGUUCCAUGGUAAGAGGGUCCAAUGAGUCGGAGCCAAUAUUCGUCCCUCAAUCCAAUCAGAACACAACAAGUAACAGCACGACCACCUUGGCCUCUGGGACUACAGUUGCCAUGUCAACGUCUGGGCCUGAUAGUUCUCGGGCAUCUGUGACACCGACAGUUCCUGUUCAAACAACAGCACUGUCCAAUGUUUCAAGCCACAGCACAACCAAGUCAUCAGCAACUCCAACACUUAAUUCAACAGCUACAGACAGCCAAGUUACUACAAUAGCAACAUCUGUACCGAAGCCCACACAGACGGAAGCCACUGUAACGAGCAGAAAGUCGAGCAACACCGCUGUCACACAGCCUACCACUGACUCAUUGUACUCAAUCAUAACCACUGCAACUUCAGGCUCAGUUUUGCCUCUGAAAAAGGAAGAAGUAAUUCUGACUAUCUGCUUGAGCACCGUUCUUGCCGUGGUCAUUUUAACUAUUGUGAUGUAUAAUGUAAACAAGUGCAAACGAAGGAGGGCACAGUAUUCACACCAUCCUCUCUAUGCCAACUCACAUGAGGAUCCAGGUUUUCCAAACGACACCUUAGUAAUUUCAGGAGGUCUUUACGAUGAAUCGCGUGUGUAUAAUCCCAACAUGACUGUUCUUGAAGAAGAUGAUGAUCUUCAUGUUGAUUAUCCUGCAUUUACCUCCAAGUAUAGCCAAUUCAAACUGGAAUUUUUACCAGAGGAAAGGGAGGUGUCAGGUCAAGGACCUUCAUUCGCCACAUUCCAACCAGAAACAUAAUAUUACAAACUUGUAUGUUAACUCUGCUGUUUAUCCUAUAUUUCGCCAGUUUCAACAACAAUGGAAUAAAUGAACAAAAGGUAGCUUUUCAUAUUUUGUGCCUAUGUUGUUUUAAUAGAACUUUCAAAUUAUCCAUCCAGCUGUGUGCAAGUCCCAGAAUAUUUACUUAUGUCAGGUGACAAUGAAAAUAAAUGUGAAAAUCCUUUUAAGACAACAAAUGUGAUGGAAAUGAAGGUGAUUGCAAAACAUAUUCAGUUGGCAAAAUGGAAAUUCUCCAGAACUUAAAAAAAAGGCUGAAGAUUGGGAACAGUUUUUGUCCUCGUGCUAUGCUAUUUAGUUAAAUAAAUCUUUGAGGAAAUGAUUUGCCUCUUGUUUGCUGAAGUGUUCUGUGUGCACUGUCUAGCAAAUAUAUUCGUGAUAUUGCAAAAGCACACACUGAAGAAAGUGUCAAUGCUUGUACAACAUGCCUGUAUUGUAAAUAAUAUAAAGUCUUAUAGUCAGAAGUAUUUGUGUUUGAUGUACAUGUAUGUAACGUUAUGUUAUAAUCCUUGUAGUUCAGUUGCCUUGGGAAUGAUCUUCCAAUUCUUGACUUCCCUGGAUUUUAAAGGGUGAGAUGACAAAGUCUUCCACCUUUCAUUGCAAAUUUCAUGAUGAGCAUAAUCACGUGUAGACGUUCCUUAAUCAUUCCAAAGUAUCAAAACAUUCAUUUCCUGGAAAUUCAAUCAAUAUAUCCCAAAUCUAUUUGUAUUUUCAAUAGUCUUUAUUGGAUAUGUUGAAUUGCCUGAAAACAAGUCUAAUCAGUGAAAUUCUUUCAGCUGUGUGCUUGUGCAUUUAUAUUUGUCCUAAAGCUGUCUUACGGUUACCAGUCAGAAUGAGAAAUUGUCACUUGGUUGCUUGAAACAUCUGUUUGUGACUGGAUGUUUCCUGUGCUAGCUAGAGCGCUCUGGUGCUUUUGGGCAUAGAGGAGGGGCUUAACUUAGGGGCAGACACCAUUUGCACAGAGGACAUGGUAAUAAUUGCCUUUGAAAAAUAAAUUGUCUUAAAAUAAGGAUUAAUUUAUUCUCCAACUCUAAGCCGAUCCAUCCCGUUAUGAGUCCAAGUUAACUGUAUUUGUGGCGUGCUUAAGUACAGACUUAAUGUCUUGAAGACAAUGAUAUUAAUUAUGACAGGUUCCAUGGGUGCCAGGUAAUGAAGUUAUUAUAAAGGAAAUCAAUGCUACUAAAAUAAAUUUGUAAUUAUAUAUUUCCACACAAUGUUUAAAUGUGUCUGAGAUCGGAAAUCCUAUUACAAUCAAUUUUAGAGUUAAAUAGUUUUAUUUUUGUAAGUAAUUUUAUACCCGAACAUGUUAGUAGGUUUCUCCUAAAUACUUGUUAAAGGUAAAAAAAAUCACUCAAUCUAACACCUUUUCAUAUCAGUAACUUUCUACAAUUUAUCUUUAGCAGCUGAUGUGUUUGUCCCAAUGUACCAAAAUAUCACCUAACUCUGCAAUAAAAGAGCGAAUAAACUAUUUCAAGUAUC